AUCUCUUUUCGUUUUGCUGUGACAGAAAGUGAUACUAAUAAAAAUCGAAAUUUAAUUUAAAUCGCAAAUUCGAAUUUUUAGUUUUACGCAAAGUAGCAUUUUAUUACGUUCAAAAUUAAAUUUUUUAAGUGACAGUGCUUUUGUAUAUAUUAAAUAUUAUAUUUUUCUUGCAACAUGUUUUCGAUUGUGUCAAUGUUAUGCAGAUUCUGUAUCCGUGGAUUUUUAUAUUUCUUUAGGAUCAGAUUUGCGCAUUUGUUGCUUAUUAGAAGAAUUAUUAAUAAAUUUUAAAAUGUGUCAGUUUAUCCAUUUCUCUAAUUUUGAACGCAAAAAGGAUUAAUUUUAUAAAUAAAUUGUGAAAUGGCACUCUUAACGUCAUACUGGGGCCUGGAUGGCAUACUAGUUUUAACAACUCUGAUGGUAGUUUUCUACCUUUAUAUGACUCGCAAGUUCAAGUACUGGAAGAAGCGAGGUAUUUCGGAAACGGCACCACCGACACCUUUCUUUGGCAAUUUCGCAGACUGUCUACUUUUCAAGAAAGCACCAGCAGACUUUUUAAAAGAGCUGUACGACCAAGCGAAAGGUCUACCUUAUAUUGGUUUUUACGUCUUGGACAAACCCAUUCUGCUGAUUCGCGACCGAGAACUUGUCAAGAACAUUCUAGUGAAGGAUUUUAAUUACUUCUCCAACCGUUACGUUCUUGCGGAUCCGAAGGAUCGUUUAGGUUACGCCACACUAUUCUUCCUCAGAAAUCAAGCUUGGAAGAUUAUUAGAACGAAAAUGACACCAUUCUUUACAUCCGGUAAAAUGAAGAAAAUGUUCGAGUUGAUGAUUCAAUGUGGGAAACAUUUAGACGAACAUCUUAAUUCACCGGAAUUUGAAGGUAAAGGAAAGACGAUAGAAAUAAAAGAAUUAACCGCCAAAUUUACCACCGAUGUAAUCGGCAGUACUGCUUUUGGACUCGAAGUAAAUUCGUUCAAAGAUCCGGACGCCGAGUUUCGCAAAUAUGGCAAGAUGAUCUUUCAUUACAACGCAAUUCGUGGAUUCGAGAUGCUCGCGAUAUUUUUCCUUCCAGAGAUAGUUCGCUUGGCCAAAGUAAAGAUGUUUGGCAAAGAGCCGACUGAAUUUCUGCGAAAGGUUUUCUGGGAAACAAUCAAUCAGCGCAUGAAGUCUGGAGCGAAGAGAAACGAUCUCAUCGAUAUACUCGUCGAACUCAAGCAAAAUGCCAAUGAUCAAAAUACUCUUGAAGAUUUCACAUAUGACGGAGACGAUCUUAUGGCACAAGCAGCCAGUUUCUUCUCAGCUGGUUUUGAGACCUCCGCAACGACAAUAUCUUUCGCGUUGUACGAACUCGCACUGUGUCCUGAAAUGCAAAACAGGUUGAGAAAAGAGAUUCUCGAAGCGCUCGAGCAAUCCAAUGGAAAAAUUACAUAUGACUUGGUAAUGUCACUACCGUAUUUGGAUAUGGUAGUCUCGGAAAGUUUGAGAAUGUAUCCGCCAUUGGGAUAUCUAAAUCGAAUAACAACCGAGCCUUAUAAAUUACCGAAUUCCAAUCUUGUACUUGAGAAGGAUACGCCGGUUUACAUAUCGAUGCUCGGCAUGCAUUACGAUCCGGAAUAUUUUCCCAAUCCAGAGAAAUUCGAUCCGGAGCGAUUUAACGAGGAGAACAAACGCAACAGACCGUCAACUGUCUAUUUCCCAUUUGGAGAAGGCCCGCACGCGUGCAUAGGAAAUCGUUUCGGACUUCUACAAUCGAAACUAGGGAUCAUGGAAAUCUUGAAAAAAUGUGAAGUGACACCGAGUGAAAAAACUACAAUACCAGUGCAAAUUGAUCCGAGGGGAGCCAUGCUGGCGCCGUUAAAUGGCGUAUUAUAUCUCAACAUCCGAAAGCUCAAUACCAAUGCUAAUUAAUAAUUAAUAAAUAAUUUUUUAAUAUAAAACAAAAACUAAAUUAUGUUUUAUUGUAAAGGAAAAGACUCGUAAUAUACUCUAUUGCGUUUUCCUCGAAUAGUUUUCUCUAAAUAUAAUUAUCAACUUUUUCUCAAAUGUAACUUUCUUAAUUUUACUUGUGCACGUGAAUGUUUU